AUGGCGUAAUGACAUUUUUACGCAAAUUUCAUUCAUUAUUGUGGACAGUUUCAUCAUAGUAUCCAGUAGGCGGCGCUAGGAACUUUAAGCUCCCGUGGCCUUCUGUGAUCUCUUCGAAAAAAGACCAUUUUCAUCUCGGAGUUCGCAGACCUGUUAUAUACGGCCGUGAACGCAACAAAAACUAAUAACAUCUUUAUAUUUAUGCAGGUUAUGUCAAUGCCUUCAUGUUCUCCACAAAAUGGCAAAAAGAAGUGCAUGUAGUGUAAGCUGUAAAAAUUUGGUUACAAAAAACGUGAAAGUGAACGACUCGAGUGAUUUUUGGGAGGAUGAUUUGGAUGAAGAUGCCAUCGAUGACUGCUUUAAAAAAGCGACACAGGAAGCUGCUGCGGAUGUUUCUUUGAUGUCAUCAUAUAACAGUGUUUUUAAGAAACCGAAGCACAUGUUAACAUCUACCCAGUACUCACAACCAGCUCUUGAAAAGCAAGUCAGCAUUGAGGAACGAAUUCGAAAAUUAGAAGAGAAAUAUUCAGCAAAAGAAGGAGAAGCUUCAAUUUUACGAUUGAAUUUACAGAAUCUCAGAACAUCGUGUCAAUUAGAUCAAGAGCAAAAGGAUUUACAAUGGAAAGAAAAGUUGUCUAUUAUUGAAAAAGAAAAUAAAACGAUUAAGAGCGAUUUAGAAUUUAAGAAUUUUGAGAUAGUAAAUCUCAAGCAGCAAAUAGCAGAACUUUCGAAACUUGUUGACUUUGAACAAAGAGUUACGCAAAGACUUCAAAUUUCUAACAACAAAGUUCAUCUCAUCAGUCCAGAAGAAAACAUAUACUUCAGUUAUAGUGGAAAUGACAGAAUUUUUAUCAGUCUUCAAAAAUGUUAUCCAUUAAAGUCUUUUGACUUAUCGUUCACACAGACAAAGGAUUCUAAAGUAUUACAGAAUAUAAAUUACAAAAAAAAUGGCGAUCAACAAAAAGGAACUUUUUCUAGCCUGACAGUAGAUUCGAUUAUGAGUUCUUUAUUGAAAGAAAUUACAUCUCUAGUCAAAUUAUCUUCUGAAGAUUUGAAUUGUCACCAGGCUAAUCAUUCCGCAAUCAAAGUUGUGGAUGUUCUUUGUCAGCUAUUAAAAAUAUUUCAAGAUUAUUUUAAAGAAAUAGAAAAUAACUGCGGACCUUUUCACGAAACAAGAGAACAAGGUGUACAGUACUCGCUUAACAACGGGUUGCAACGUUUAAGUCUGUUCUGUACUGAGGUUAUAAGAUUCCUGCAAGAAUUGUUACCUUUCAAUACUUUUUUAGAAACAUAUUUAGUAAUGCAGCCAGCAACGCAUUUCGAAAGUACUAGGAUCACCCAGUCAUUUGCCAACGUAACAGAGAGUAUCUGUUGGAUACCUUUAUCACACAUUAUUUCCAUUAUUGGAAAAACUAAACAAGAAAAAACGUUCAACAAAUUUUUGCUGACUGUCAUGAAACUACUAUGUAGAAUAUUCAGUUCAGAAGACUCGACACAUCUUAAGCAAAAUACGCAAGUGAAUAUCUUGCAGGAAUUGCUUAUCCUAAAUCUUGAUUUUCAACUAAUGCAACAAAUGAAUGUGUUACUCAAUGUAAUUGUGUGUAGUCAUAAUUUAUCAUACACUUGUUUAUUCAAUCACGAGAAUUUAAACAGUCGCUGUAGUAAUGAAUGUUGCAGGUUUCUUAUAUAUGUUUCUUUAUUAGAAGACACCUUGUUGAAAAAUGAAAAAAGCGAUGAAUUUUCAGAUUUUAUUUCAACUAUUUUGAAUCUAACACAUAACAUUUUAAAGGCAAAUAAAACAUACGAAUGUAUAUGCAAAUUAUACAAGUUGUCGAUCGGAAUUAUUUACAAAAAUUUAAAAAUACAUGAAAUUUCUCCUCGUAAGGCAGGACUUUUAUUAAAAAAUUAUGUUGAAGUACUAAGUCUAAUCAUUUUUAAUGCAUACGAUGUAACGCAAAAGUAUGUUGUUGAUUAUGCCCAAAUCAAAGAAAUUAUGUAUACAAUUAUCAGUAUCAAUGGAAAGAUUAAUGACAUGAACUUAAAAAAAUUAGACAAACUCGGCGCAACUGAAGAUAGUCCAUUAAUAGCCAGAGAAAAGUUUAAUUUAGUCACUUUAUGAUUUUGUGAUCAUCAAGUUUGCAGUAUCCACAUGGUUACAAAAAAUUAAUGAAUCUAAUUUUGUCUGCAUGAUUGCAUUAAGGUAGAUUUAUGUACAUAUAUUUGCAUACACAUCAUACUCAUUCUUAAUUGUUUAAGAAUGAUUAUGAUUGAGUGUCACUUUGUAUUUAUGCCUAUUCCAAGCAAUAAAAAAUCUGCAACUCUAA